GACCUCAGAGGCUUCUAGGGGGCCCUGCCUGGCCAGAGCCAUGGAGUGCAGGCUCCGUCCGUGGGGUGACGGUGAGGACCAUGGUCAACGUCCGGCCAGGGGCCCGUCCUUGGGGAAACCAUAGCGACCCUCCCGUUGUCCUUCCUGGACUUUCUGACCCACGCCCCGCCGUGGUCGCGCUCAGAAUUGGGGACGGGGCGGCCUGCCAUGGCUAAGAGGGUCCCGUCCUGACGCCGUGCACCAUGGAACCGAGAACCCACAAGAAGUGUCCCCAACAUAAGAAACCCAAGAGCCAGGCCCAGGACGCAUUCACCAACAGCUUUCCAUACAGGUUCUCGUGGCUGACACAGCCCACCACCGAGUCCCUGAAAGUCUGGGACAGCAGGAACACCCCCCCGAGGGACUUGCUGCCCCUGCAGAAGAAGCUGGUGGCCACCAGGUCCAUCCCCGUCCCAGGGCUCGGUGCUCCGCAGCACACCGCAUCACCCAGCAUCUACCCUCCGCCCCCACCGCCACCCCAGUGCCACCUCUGGGAACUCAAGUUACUGAGCCUCCGCUUCCCCAAGCAAGCCAGACACCCGCCGUUCCCUCUGCACAGCGACACUAAAGACCCCUGGAUCAGGGAAGCAAAUCAGCCAUCGAGGGGCUUCUCCUAAUGUCCCCAGGUCUGUGUGACCUUCCUCAAAGCCACCUUCUCCUCUGGGCACGCUCUGGGCAGCAGCCGCAGAGACUUGACUCGAGGGGAACGCCCAGAUGGCCUCGGGAGUCCAGGGCCUCUCUGCCUCCCCGAGAACCACACCUACCACACGUGUACCUAGGAAUAAACUUUGUACAUUGAAAUCCCA